AUGUCAUACUAUUUGGAAGGAUUUUAUUCAGAGUUAAUCGAUUCAAGUAAGAAAAAGGCCGUUCAAAUGGUCCUCAUAAUAUUUCAUCACAUUGUAUCCUUGGUACUCAUAUUCGGAUCGUAUAUGUCUCGGACCCAUGACGUGGGACUUGUGAUGGCAUUCCUGCACGAUAUGAACGAUAUAUUCUUGGAUUGUCCCAAACUGUGUCAUGCAUUGCGUGAACCUAAGGGCCCAAUUAGACCGCAAUUCAAAUUGAUCUAUAUUUUAUGCAUAGUUUGGAUGGCUAUAUUUUAUUACCAGAUUAUUACUGGCAAAGAGAUUGAGGAUCCGAUGACUGAAUCCGUUGAGAAAAAUCAAUAA